UCAGCACACAACAUUAUUAAAUUUUUUUAGCUGCAUUGUAUAUUUUUCUGUGGUUCUUAUUGUAAUUUCGAACGAAGAAGUGGUUGUAUUUAUUUAAAUUCGAUCAAGAUGCCCGAAGUACCCGAAGUCGACCAAAAAGUGGAUGAAAAAUUUAAUCCAGACUCCCUGCAAGACCUGCUACCGAUCUACUACAAACGUCUGUUCCCGCACUUGCAAUUUUACCGAUGGAUGUCGUAUGGUCUCUCCGAGGCAUCCGUAUUUGCAAAUCGCGAGUUCUCAUUCACCCUACAGGAUGACAUCUACAUCCGAUAUCAAUCGUUCGACAAUCAGUCCGAACUGGAGAAGGAAAUCUGCUCGAAAAGCCCAUUCAAAAUCGAUAUCGGAGCGGUGUACAACGUUCGACCGAAGGACCACCGUGCCAGUACGGUCAUGAAGCCAGUCCAGCGCGAACUGGUAUUCGAUAUUGAUAUGACGGAUUACGACGAGAUUCGAACGUGCUGCAGCGAGGCCAACGUUUGUCCCAAAUGCUGGAAGUUUAUGACUAUAGCUUGCAAGGUAAUCGAUGCUGCCUUGAGGGAAGAUUUCGGGUUUGAGCAUUUGCUGUGGGUUUUCAGCGGUCGUCGAGGUAUUCACUGUUGGGUUUGUGACAAAACGGCGCGGCAUCUGGACACCAAAGGCCGAUCGUCGGUUGCAGAAUAUUUGCACAUUCUGAUAAGCGGCGGAGAAGGAUCAGUGACCCGGGUCAGUUUGGGUGAUAGAAUGCAUCAUUCCAUCAAGAGAGCUCACAAGAUCAUCGAGCCAUUGUUUGAAGAUAUUUGCCUGGUUGAGCAGAAUAUGUUCGGGGCGCCAGAUGGGCUGCGGAAGCUUCUGGCAAUGGUUCAGGAUGAAGGAGUUCGGCUCGAUUUAGAUCGGAAGCUGAAACCGCACGAAGGUGAUUCGAAGGCCAUUUGGAAGGCUUAUGUGAACUUUUUCGAAUCAUUCCGGAUAUCCGGCCACAAUAAGGCAAGAAAAUUCAAACACAUCAUCGAGGAAACGCAGCUGGCUUUCACCUAUCCGCGAAUCGAUAUCAAUGUCAGUAAAGGAUUUAACCAUUUGCUGAAGUCUCCGUUCUGCGUUCAUCCCAAGACGGGGAAGGUGUGCGUUCCGUUCAAUCCUAACGUUGCCGAGAAAUUUGAUCCAAUGCAUGUUCCGAACAUUACUGGUCUACUGAAUGAAGUAAAUGCCUUCGAUGAAAAACUUACUGCCGACGGCGAAGAGGAACGAUCGCGCAUCAAGGACUACAAGAAAACGAGUAUGUUCAAGGGUACGGUCAUCUUUGAGGAGUUUCUUCGCAAGCUGGAGCAAACAUUCAAGGGAAAAGCGAUUCUGGCCAGUGAUAAGAAAAUGGAGUUUUAGCGCUUGGUUUCGUUUUUUUUUGUAAUUUCUUGAAACAUGAUUUUUUAUAAGUUUGGAAUAUAAACUACAUAC